AUGCAAGCAGAAGCGCCUGAUACCAAUUUGGUAAGUAAUGUGGCUGUGGUAUCGAAGAAAAGAAGGUUGUCAAAGACUUCCGUUCAAGAAAAUGAAAAUGCAGAGGUGAAGUUGGAAGUGAAGAAGAGCAAGAAAAAAAGGAAAGAGAGGCCUGUGACAUGUACUUUGCAAAAAGCUGUUGUCGAAAAAGGAACUGGUGUCAAAGAUGUGAGAGACAUGACUCAAUACUUGCUACAGGCUGAAAACAACUCUCCCAAAUGGAUAGAUAUCAGCAAUAGAUCAAGUUUAAAAAAAAUGGUUGUUUUGUUCAUUCCAGGCCUACAACCAGGCGAUUUUGAAAACGGCAAGAGGGCAUUCAAUGAACUCAGUGAUGACAAGUUCAAGUAUUUUCCCGAGAAAGUUGCUGCUAACUUCCAUACUUUUGCAGUGAUGGCUCCGGGUUCCAAGAUGACGCUAUUUUCACCAUACAAUUCAUUCAUUAAUGUUGGGCUGUCUAAACUGGAGAAAAUAAAUAAGCUGAAGGAAUUACAAAAGAAAAAAAAGAUUACCAUCAACGAUUUGGUUUUAUCCGAACAGCAGUUGGUGGCGAACGACUACCCAUUAGAUUCUGAAGACAAAAAUGAUGCAGACUGGGUACAGACUGUCGAUUUUGCUCAUGAUGGUUCGCACAUCUUUGCAUUGGACUGCGAAAUGUGUCUUUCCGAGCAAGGUUUGGUUCUUACCAGAAUUUCUAUAGUCAACUUUGAUAAUGAGGUCAUUUACGAAGAGUUAGUAAUGCCUGAUGUUCCCAUAGUGGACUACUUGACUCGUUACAGUGGCAUAACUGAGGAAAAGCUGGCCACUAGCGCCAAGAAAACGCUUUCAGAAGUGCAACAAGAUUUACUAGGGAUAAUAAGUCGUUCAGAUAUUUUGAUUGGACACUCGUUACAAAAUGACUUGAAGGUGACUAAGUUGAAGCACCCAAAGAUUGUGGACACGGCCAUUAUAUACCAUCAUAAGGCUGGUGAUCCUUUCAAGCCAAGUUUGAAGUACUUGAGUGAGACAUUUUUGAAUAAAAGUAUCCAAAAUGGUGAACACGAUUCUGUUGAGGAUGCAAGAGCGUGUCUCGAGUUGACAAAACUGAAAAUUUUAAAUGGUUUGGCGUUUGGUAUAGGUAUCAACACCGAGAACUUAUUUUCCAAAUUGCAUCGUUUCGAAGUGAAGACCAUGCUACUGAAUGAUAUGAUCGUCAAGGACCACACCGAAGACGACUCCAAGGGCCAUUUAAUCCGUUGUGUCGAGGAUAAUGAAACAUGGACACACGUUCACAAAAGUUUGAAUGGGGAUAUAAAGCUUGUUGUGGGGAGGUUGAAAAACUUGGAGAGAUCACGUAAUUACAAUAAAAAGCCCCGGAAAGGCAAUGAUUCAUUGGAUGCAUCCAUGGUUCUUCAAGAUAUUGGACAGAAUCUUACCCAAUUAUACGAGGAAGCCACGCCAGGUACCAUGAUUUUGGUCAUGUCGGGCACAGGCGAUACCAGACCAUGGAACAGUCUUUCAAGUGAAUUGGAGUUAAUCCAAGAUAAAAAGGAGAGAUUAGAUAAAAGGCAUGAAAUGGAACCUGAAAUAGUGGAAGCCAUAAAAUUGGCCCGAGAUGGUGUAGCAUUAUUUACUGUAAAAUAA